CACUACUAUAUAACAAAUAAUUUGAGCAGACAUGAGCUCACUCUCCCGCCGUAAGACAGGAGGCGGACUUAGGUCUACCCUGAGUCUGGGUAGAACUGGAAGCAUGAGUAACCGACCCAAGGACUUCUACUGCACCGUCUUCGGACAAAUGGACAGGAGUCAGACCAACCUGGCUGUCGUACUCAGGACUUACUUCUACCCCAGGGAGGAAAUGACCGGAGCAAUGAAGAACGUUGAAGAGCGAUGGGACGACAACGCAAGUUUCAAAAUCAUCUGCAACCACGAAGUAAACAGUGAUCCUCCAAGUGUCAUGCUCUGCAACCCUGUCUCCAUCAAAGCAAAGCCUGGAUCUCAGUUCAGAAUAGAUUUACUCAACCAGGAAGCUUAUCUGGAUACCAGCGAGUUCUUCUCGGACGGACCCCAGCUGCCCAAGUGUCUGCAGUUUGACAUCAGCUUAGAGAGUUACAACAUAACCGGAAGUGCUGACGAUGCUAACUUGGAGCACGUCCCCGCUAUCAAGAUUAUCAGGUCUCCUGAUGAGACUCAUGUUGCCUCCAUACCUCUUGUGCAUCUCUGUGACAUCCCUGAUGCAGCCAUGACUGGCUCAUUCGCCUUCGACGACUACUGUUACACAGUAGAUCCCAAACCUCGUUUCGGGGUGAAGUGCGAACACAACAGGACUUGGCACAGGCUUCCUCAACUUCUUGUCAAGUUCUUGACAGAGGACAGGGGACUUGCAAGCAAGGUUAUGGAUAUAGCCAAAGAAUGGGAGAAUCAUGCCGGUCUACAACUGGUGCAUGUUCCUCAAGACGCCCACCGGGAUGCGCAGAUCAGAAUCAAGUUCAGCUCCAGAAAUCAGUGUGCUAUCGGAACGGAUGCGGAAGAUAUCCCUGACGACAAACCGACGAUGUACCUGAAUAUAUCACGUGACACGCACCCAGUUCUCUUCAGACGCCGAGUUCUGCAUCAGUUCGGUCACGCUCUCGGUCUUUAUCACGAGUUUGAGUGCCUGCCAGAAGAGGUUGAGUUUGAUGAAGCUGGAGUGCAACUGGACACCUCCAUGGAGGCUGGUUGGACUACCGAACAGACCCGAACUAACAUCUUCAACAAGAAAUCCUGCUCCAACAACGACAACUUUGAUAGACUGUCCAUCAUGACGCAGACUUUCAAAAGACCUUACGUUAAGGGAUGGCUGCCAAGACAGCAUCAGUCCGUACUGAGCGUAGACGACAAGACCCUGGUCAAAGCCCUGUACCCACCACCUCACGCCACUCACCAGUGGGGAGACCCUCUUGCUACUCCUGAUAUUUUAGAGGAGGAUGAUGAGGAUGAGGAAGAGAGUGAAGAUGAGGAAGACGACAUGACCGAGUGGAAGAAAGCUGCUAUGGAGCAGGAGAGAGGAGAUAUGACCCCGGUUGAUAUGUUCUCUGGAGUCUUCUCUGAUCAUAACGAGAUUACUGGUCGCCAUUUCUCCGAUUCGGAGCAGCCUUCAACUCCUCCAGCAUCUGUAGACGCGGACGGACACGGCCGACGAAAGAGAACCGAGCAUAGUGUCGGUAUAGAGUACGAACCAACCGACUCUGGCAAAAAGAAGCUAAGCAUGUCUGCCAGUCUGUUUGAGUUUAACGACGACAAGAAAACAGUAUCGCAGAAGAAGUCCAUCAGGCCCGGAACUGACGGAGUGAGGUUUUUGGAGCACGAAGAUGUGAAGUAUACCAAGGAGGAGAUACAGUCCGAUAUCAGGGAAGGAGACUUCUUCUCUUUCAGGGAUAUGGCUGCAAUCAGAGAGCAGGAAUUGCCAUUUGACGACAGGCUGCCAACUCCUCUCUUCUCCCCGCCAGACACACCGGAUUCCAUCCCAGACUCUCUUGCUCCAACUCCAGUCAGCAAACUCUUCCUGUCUGACGCUUUCCUCGAUAUCAGAGAGGAUUGGCUCCAUGUUGAUCAGGAGCACAUGAUCAAUCUUACUCACGAGUCAGUGCCGGGAACUAGGAAGCAGAAAAUGCAGCUUCACCCUGGUGAUGUCCGGUUCUCGGACGGAGGCGACUAUGAUGUGAAGGAUGUUAGGGGAAACAAACAACAGAAAGACUCCUACGGACAAGACCAUAGCGAAAAGAACUUGUUCAUGGAAAGAACAAAUGUGGUCGAUGAGACUGGACUAGUUGAACGAGAGCAGUUCUACCGUACAUUGGGUAAACUAGGGGCAGGCGAUGAGAAGAAGGAGCAGAAGGUAGUCACAUUCGCUGAAAAAAUGGACAAGAUCAAGAAGGAGCAGAACAAACAGGAGGAGUUUUUCGAGCCUAUGCGGGAGUACGUCAGUGAACAAGACAUCAAGGGGCAAGGAUUUGAUGGACCUGAGCCAAGGAAGCUGCGAAAGUCAGUCGAGUUUGAACCAGGUGAGAAGGGAAAGAAGAAAGUAAGUAAAGGCAAAGGAAAAGGAAAAGCCGACAAGAAGAAGCAGCUAAAGACAGUGGAAGAGCAUGUGGACGAAUCCUUUUACAACCGUUCUUUCAGAAAGAAUCAGCAGAAGGAAAUCUCUGAGAAGGACGACAAAUCUUCCUUCAGAGAGAAGCUCAAUAACAGGGAAUAUUCUAAAGCACCCAUCAAAAAGGGACUCGAGGAAAUGGAGCCAGCUACCGAAGACAUAUUUGAUCUCCUCGAUCGAGCCUCCAAAGAGACCCGAAAUUUCGGCCGAGGCAAGUUCGUAUCGUCCAACAAAGCCCCUGCUCUGAUUUCUACUAAAGGUACUUUUGCUGGCAUUGGUGGUUCCGGUGCUUUCAGGGAGACCGGAUGGCAGUCUUACUACGACUACGCUGAAGAAGAUAUGAUGGAUUACGAGUAUCAGGAAGUUAAAAAAGACCAGGAUAUGGAUCUCGUAUCCUUCAGGGAGCGACUUCAGACACGAUCAGGAGUUGCUAUUCACCAUGGUAUUGAGGUAACCCCUGCUGGCAACGAUGCUAGGAACUACCUAGAGUCCCCCGUCCCAGUUGCCAAUAGAAGUAUGGAAACUGAAGAGAGGAUCAAGAACAAGAUGUUGAGGAACAAGGCUGGCCGACAUUACGAAGAUGGUAUUGACAUGGUAAGCCCAAACCACCUGGUUGAAGAAGCUCUGGACAGAGGUUUCAAAUAUGGAAAAGACAAGUCUGAAUCUGCUGAUGAACAAGAUUCUGAGGACGAAAUAAGCCGAGAGAAGAAAGAAGCAGCUCGAAGACACUACGGAAUCCGUAAAUCACCAUCGGAUGACGAUAUCACUAGAACCAAAGAGCAAAUAAAGGCUGACGCGAAAUCAGAGAAAUCCGGAAAAUCUCGAUCGUCUCCCCAUAGUCAUGGAGAAAAAGCGCAGAGAAGUUCUCGAGCGUCUCAUGGUUCACGGGCGAAGGACUCCAAAGCCACUUCAAAGGCCCCGUCAGCUACUUCUCAAGCGUCUCAAUCAAGAGCAAGCCAGGAAUUUUAUGUGGCUGAUAUCGAGGCCGAGGCCAUGUCCAUAAACUCGGAAGAAGAGCGAUUGAGGUAUGGAUUCGACCAUACCAUCAAUGUUAAUAAUGAUGCCUCUGGCCAACCAGACCAGGAUUAUAACUACUCAGCACAAGGCGUCACAACAAGAGUCGCCAAGCUUACCGGACAACAUUCAGAUGAACGAACAAAGUCAGGACACGAUCACCACAAUGAAUCUGGUCGCAACGAACAAGAACCUCACUCAGGGGACGGAAAAAAGUCUGGACAUAGUCGCCACAGUGAAACUUCCGGCCACUACGACCAAGAAAUUCAAUCAGCUCGUGUGUCAAAAUCAUCACAUCGAGAAGAUGAAAAGAGGUCAGUUGUUAGCGAUCAUCAUCACUCGUCUGCUGCACAAUCCCAAUCUCGUGCAUCAGCUGCUGAUCAUUCUCGCGCAUCAGCUGCACAAUCCCAAUCCCGUACAUCUGCCGCACAAUCCCGUACAUCUGCCGCCCAAUCCCGUACAUCUGCCGCCCAAUCCCGUACAUCUGCCGCCCAAUCCCGUACAUCUGCCGCCCAAUCCCGUACAUCUGCCGCCCAAUCCCGUACAUCUGCCGCCCAAUCCCGUGCAGAUUCUGUUAAAAGCAAGAAAUCAGGAGUGAGGCAUUCUCCCGAGGAAUCAGAAGUUAGCCUGGAAGCUGACUUGAACUGGAAUCUUGACAGAAGUCACGUCACCACCGCCAAAAAAGCAUCAGCAUCUGCCAUGUUCGACAGAGGUCAGGAUAAAAGUGACGAUGAGAGUCCAUUCUUGCCCCCAAUCACCCCCAAGAACAAGCCAAAACCUAAGUCCAAAUCGUUUGUUAUCAGCAAAGAGAUAGCUACUCAGAUAACAGCAGAUGCCCUUAUUCCUCAGCAGCCUAUGGGCGAUUACUGGGUCAACAAGGACACUAUCAUAAACAGGAGCGACCCUUACGCUGACAUGGCUCUCAGGAUGCCAACUGGACUAAGCAACCGGUCUUUCUUCGAGCAAGAUGAGCGACCAGCUACCUACAGAUCCACUUUCACUGCUUACGAGCCUCCAUCUGAAACAUAUGAAAAACCAAAGUUCGAGAUGUUGUCAGACCCAGAAGAUGAUGAAAGAGCAGAUGUUUACACAAGAUUGAGCGACGCUAAAGCUUACCAGCAGGGCGGUCAGGCUGUCGAUGUCUGGGCUCAAAAAACAGAUAUCUCUUUCACCGUACUGCUGUACUUGAAGAAGAACCUUGGUAUCAACUGGAAGAGAGCUGGUCAAUAUCUUGGUAUCUCUCGGGAGAGACUGCGAAGGAUUGAAGAUGUUGGCAUCGCCAGUGCUAGAACAGGAAUAGAGAAGAUGGCACAAGACAUGCUGUUCGAGUGGGCAGAGAAGGAUCCCCAGCCUACUGUUGCCAAGCUCUGUGCUUGUCUCGAGGCUGCUGAUCUCUCCAAACUAGCCGGAGGAGUCAUGGAUAAAGUCAACAAAGAGAACAUGCCAACAAAGAAGAAGAGAAAGGGUGGUCGAGGCCGAAAAGUUGAUGCCCCAGUGAAAGUUCCAAUUGCUGAAGAGACGAUCCCUUACCGAGUUAUGGUGUACUUGAAGGACAAUCUUGGUGAGAGUUGGAAGGAUCUGGCUGUUUGUCUCAAGAUUCCCAGCCCCAGAAUUAAGGGUAUUGAAGCAGAUGCCUGGCAGGUCGAGAAAAUGGCGUACGACAUGCUGCACGAAUGGAGACAGAGGGAGAAGGAAAGUGCUACUGUCGAUAAACUGAUCGAGGCUUUGGAACGAGCCCAGUGCAAGAAACUCGUCAAAGGUGUUCAAGCUAGAUGCCAAAGUUAUCACUUCAGAAUCAACGGCUAACUUUCUGCGUUUUCGUGCCUUUAAUUUUUGUUAGCCUCAAUAUAAUCCAUAAGACUGCUGAUAAAAAACAUUAACAUUCAAGGAAAACGGAUCAAUGUAUUUAAUCGACAAUCAAUAGUGAACCAAGAUGUUUACUCGUGAUAAUAUUUCAUGUUUCCUGUUAUGAAUGUAAGACUCUUAAAAUGUACAGUCAGAACUUCAAUAACUCAAAAUGUUUUGAAUCAUCUUUCAGUUUCAAGUGUUUGUCAAUGUACGAUAAAUAUUUCAAUAAAGAAUUGAGAAAUUUUUACUUCAGAAUAUCGCGAUCGUGAAA